GGACUUCGCCCUCGUGCAUCUUUCAUAUUGUUGUGGUUGCAUAUCACCUUGUUAUUUAAGUAUAAAUACAUUCAUAUACAUUCAUCCCUUGAAUAACAUUUAUUAUAACACUUAUAACUGCCGAUAAUUCAAUACUAUUAAUAAAUUAAUAACAAUAAGAUUAGAAUAAUUUUUUACAGAAUUUGUUCACUUGGCAGAUUCAUAAUUGUCUCUGAAUUAGUCUCUAAUAUCUGUUGACCUCAAAUUAAAGGAUAUAUUGAUUUUAGUCUUGAGACUUUUUGGCCUUCCAAGUGUUUAUUUUGGUCUCAUAUUUAUGUUUAUUUAUUGAAUAUCUUUUGUUGUUUUUUCAGGGAGAAAAGGUGUAUCUCAAGAGAUUACCAGAUAGAUUGUUACCUUUAAAGAAGUCAACAUGGAAGCUGUUUGGUCAAAUGAUUGACCUUCGUAAUUAUAAUUUGGUUGAUUUUAAGGGUUUAUUUGAUAAUCAUCAUAUUGUCCAUCAUGAUCAAGCCUUUUCUACUCUUUACCCACAAAUUGGUUGUUUCACUGUUUGGGAAUAUUGUGCUCGAGGAAACCUCCAGAAUAUAAUCAAAUCAAAAUGUAUUGACUUUGACUGGUCAUUUAAGUUGUCACUUUUAUUUGACCUUUCCAAUGGUCUUAAAUAUUUACACUCGUCUAUUGGUAAACAUGGUUGGUUAACCUCGGCUGAUUGUGUUGUUGACAGUAACUGGCUGCUCAAGAUAACCAAUUUUGGACUAAUGACUUUAUACCAAACCAUUUCCAAUGAAAAUAAUGAAAACGUUGAUUGUUUUCAGCCAACUUCCUCUCAUCUUUUAUGGUCUUCACCUGAGUGUAACAAAAAUGAAAGUUUAAAAAAGGUUAAACUAAAUCCUUGUCGCUGGGGAUCAAAAGAGUCUGACGUCUUCAGUUUAUCCAUCAUUAUGUCCGAGGUGAUUAAUCAAUCAUCACCUUACAAUAGUCAAGAUUCAAAGACUACAGAUUCAAUUAUCCGCUCAAUUGGUUCAGGUAUUUAUGUUAGGCCAACUGUUGAUUCAACUGAUGUACCAGAUGAUAUAAUUGAUCUUAUGGAACAAUGUUGGUCUGAUAAUCCUGACCGACGUCCAUCCAUUGAUGAUAUCCAUGAAAAAUUUUCAGCACACUCUGAAGGAAAGUAAGUAAAAAUUAUUGAUUCGAUGGUCCACAAAUUAGAAAAAUACACAAUCAAUUUGGAAGCAAUAGUGGCAUCGAGAACCCUGAAAUUAGAAGAAGAGAUGAAAAAGACUGAAUCUCUUUUGUAUCGGAUGCUUCCAGUGCCCGUUGCUGAUGCUCUUAAAUUGGGUCAAACCAUUGAACCGGAUAAAUUUGAAGAAGUAACAGUUUAUUUCAGCGAUAUUGUUGGUUUUACAACAAUUUCAGCCUACUCCAGGCCCAUAGAGAUUAUUUCACUUCUCAAUGAUUUGUAUACCUCUUUUGAUCGGAUCAUUGAUUCAUACCAAGUUUACAAAGUUGAAACCAUUGGAGAUGCCUACAUGGUUGUUAGUGGAGUCCCAGAGAGACGUUCAGACCAUGCCGAGCAGAUAGCUGAUAUGGCUCUAGAUAUACUUCACAGUUGUACACAGAUAAAAAUUGCUCAUUUACCUGGUGUUCCACUCAAGAUAAGAAUUGGUAUAAAUACAGGUCCAGUUGUGGCUGGUGUCGUUGGUACAGCAAUGCCUCGGUACUGUUUGUUUGGCAAUACGGUUAACAUUGCUUCCAGGAUGGAGUCAACUGGUCGAGCUUAUCGUAUACAAAUAUCUAAGCGUACGAUGAGACACUUAAGGACAACUGGUAUUUACCAUAUCGAGUAUCGUGGUGAGGUCGAUUUGAAAGGAAGGGGCAAAAAGUCAACUUAUUGGCUAACAGGCAAGGAUGGUUUCAAUAAGUGUCUUCCUGAACCCGAAGAUGAUGAUGGAGCUAAUCAUGGAUUCAAAGAUUGUGAGAUCAUUGAAAUUUUUGGUCCUAAUAACAAGACGUCAUCUGAUGUGUCUCCUUCAUCACCAACAGGGUCAGUGUCACCAAUAGAUGUUUUUGAGUUAAACUCUUUGACCAAGCAAAAUUAUUCAACUGGAAAUGUCCUUCAAGUCCCUAAAUAGCUGUAAUUACCCAAUUGGGUCCAUUAAUUUGAUAUCCAAAGGAUUUUGUACACUUUUUGCCUUCUCUCAACUCAACAUGGCCAUUAUUUUGUCAGUCAAUCAACCAUCCAUUUAACAAAUCAACUUGGUCUACAUCUUCAUCUACAAUCAUCACCAACCCAAAAAUGGUUAACAAAGUUAAUUAUCCAACUAUAAAUCUAAAUUUCAGCUUUUCCCCUUUCAUCCAGUUUUAUUGAAAUUAUGAACAUCUACCUUCACCCAGACUGAAUCUGUUCUCAAUCACUUCAAAAUGUUCAUUGCCCUUAGUAAUGAAAUUGUUAUGAUGGACAAGGUUAUCUUUUUAAUUGAAAAGGAAAAGAAGCAAAAAUUGAACCAAAUUAGCCAACAUUGAACAUUAACAACAAAAACAACAACACUAUUUAACAACAUUAACACAGUUGACGCAUGAUUAAAUGUUAUUGAUGAGGAUGAUGAUGGAAAUGAUGAUAAUGUGAAAAUGUUAAAUAAUCUAUGAGAUGAAAUUGAAUAGCAAGAGGAAUCCAUUAAAAUGGGAUAAAUUGAAAGGUGAUUCGGUUAUGAUGGUUGACAGUUAACAACCUUUUAAGAGUCGAUAAACGGCUUUUGAUGUUAUUGAUACAUCAAAAUACAAAUAAAAAGAAAGGACAAACGUUCAAACAUUGAAAGGUAAAUAAGAGGGCAUCGCCUUUAUCAUCCUCAUCACCAUCACCAUCACUAUCACCAUCAACCUUUACAACAAACGCUAUCAAUAAACUUAUACAUUUUCCAUUUUAUUUA